AUGUGUGCUUCUAAGGUCAUGGUGACUCGCGGGUAUGAUAAGCGUGCCGCUGCGGUAGUGCUCCUGAAGCACGUCAAGAACCCUAUCAAGCUGGCUCGUGAGAUGCUCGUGCGUGAGCAAACGGGCCGGGACGAGCAAAAUCCAUCACUCGGUGCCCAUAAUCAUGUGUGCCUGGGUGGAGAAACAGCUGAGGAUCUAGCCUCCAAAUGGGGACUCGAAUUGAGAGACAAAGACUACUUCUGGACCAAAAAGCGCUGGGACGAGCACCGGAGAGGUCUCGGUAAGAAUACAGAUUCACGAUGCACUAGGAACGACACGUCUUCUAUGCGCCGCAUUGGAUCUGAGGGAUGGAACGGCAAGGAAUACCUUUCGCAAGGUACUACGGGCUGUGUGGCACUUGACAAGUACGGCACCAUGUGCGUUGCAACAAGUACAGGAGGCUUGACGAACAAGCUUCCCUUCCGGAUAGGCGAUACGCCCACCGUCGGCGCUGGAUUUUGGGCAGAAGAAUGGAAUGAAGCGCCCCUCCCACUGAGUCCGAAGCCUUCUGCGACGACCAUUCCUCCUUUCGUUUCGAGUCUGAUGGACGGCAUCACGAAGUCAUUUGACGCAUGCUUUGGGCAUUUCCAUGGCUACGAGCCCCUACCAGCGAAUGAAGUACAGCCCUUAGACUGCAAAUCAGCCAUCACUUCAACACAGAGCGAGGGUCAUUCUGUAGCAAUAUCAGGCACCGGAAACGGUGACUCCUUCCUCCGCCUCAGUGCAGCACGCACAGCUGGCGCUAUCGUCCGCUUCUCAUAUCCAGCGCUUCCAGCACGAACUUUAAAAAGCGCAGUUAACCAAGUUGUAGGACCAGGUGGUGAGUUGCAGAUGUCAGCGGGAGACAGGUGGGGUAAGACGGGCGAAGGUGAAGGGGGCAUGAUUGGUAUUGAAUUGAGAGAUGGAAAAGGGGAAGUGUGCUGGGACUUCAACUGUGGGGGCAUGUUCAGAUGCUAUGGAGAUGGGAAGGGAGGUGUGAGGGUGGGCGUUUUUAGAGACGAAGAGGAGGUUCGAUGGUAG